AUGGUCUAUAGUGCCAAGAUGUUAAAUGACCUAAGUGGCGACGAAGACUCUGUCGAGUUGGAAUUUGAAAGUGAUUCCGAAUUUAAUGAUGAUGAGUACGGUGAGGGCAGCGACACUAGCGAUGAGUUGCUGUACAAGAACGACAAGAAGAAAACUGAUUAUUUAGACUCAAUCAACCAAAAAGAGUCGCUCGAUAGAAAACCUCUUGAAAAUGGGUAUGAGAAUGACGGUGUACCGAGACUCACUUACAACUGUUUAACAACUGAUCAGAUAUAUGACCUGGUGCUUUUAAGAUUGGAUCGAAUACAGCCUAUAUUUGACUGUCCGUAUGGCGACAUUAUUGUGAUGCUACAAAAGUAUGGAUGGAGCGAAGAGCGACUUUUGGAAGACUGGACAGAAUUUGAGGACAAGGUUCUUAUUUCUUGCGGGCUUAAAGUUGCCAAGCAAAUAGGUUGCUCGCGGGGAUUACAGAAUCACCCUGACUUUCUUUGUCACAUCUGUUGUGAAUCUAACAAACGAAAAUCGUUUCGGCUAGAGUGCGGGCAUGAAUAUUGUCUGGAGUGCUACCAGCACUACAUCAAGGACAAGCUGCUGGAGGGUAAAGUAAUCACUUGCAUGGGAUGUUCGUUGGCCCUGAAAAACUGCGACAUAGACGCUAUCGCUGGCGAAAAUUCCAGUCAAGUUUUAAUGAGGUCCUCGAUUAAGGGCUUCAUACAAAAACAUAGUAAUCACUACAAGUGGUGCCCAUUUGUGGACUGUAACUGUGUGAUACAAGUCAAUAACAUUUCGACACUGUCAGAAUUCCCUCGCUUUCAUCUUUCACCUUACGUCGUUUGUAAGAAUCACCAUAGAUUCUGCUUCAAAUGUGGGCUGGAGUCGCACGCCCCUGGCGAUUGUCAGGUCGCAGAAGUUUGGGUUAAAAUGGCGCAGAUGGAAUCUGCUAAUUUGAAUUGGGUUUUGAAGAAUACUAAGGAAUGCCCGAAGUGUGGCGUUAAUAUCGAGAAGAAUGGCGGUUGCAACCAUAUGACAUGUCAAAGUUGUGAUUAUGAGUUUUGCUGGAUCUGUGAACUAUGUUGGAAAGGACACGGGGGUGGUUACUACGAGUGUACUCGAUUCAAAAAGGAUGAAAAUAAUGGCGCGCCGGAAACUAAAAACUCUCUUAGAAAGUAUACGUUUUACUAUAAGCUCUUUAGCGAGCAUGAAAAUUCUGCCAAGUUGGACUGGGCCCUAGGACUGGCCGUGGAGCAGAAAGUGAAAGCGUUACAGGAAAACAUUGGUCUGUCUUGGAUCGAAACACAAUUUUUACCGGAGAGCAUUCGCGCUCUUAUAGAAGGAAGGACGACCCUCAAAUGGUCUUUCCCUGUGGCGUUCUAUUCAGAUCCAUCACAUAAUCUCACAAAGAUAUUUGUCGAUAAUCAAGCUCUACUGGUGGGAGCGGUGGAAAGCCUAUCACAGCUUUUACAAGUGAAAGAACCACAGGACAUCAUCAACAGGAAACUUGAGUUUUUUAAUAAAGCGAAGUUUGUGGAGAGUAGAAAUAAAGCACUCUCCGAGUGUGGACGGGAUUUACUAUGUAAGGGCAUAUGCAUCGCGCGCACUACUUAG